UGACAGCGAAGUGCGAUCGAACAGGUGCAUCGAACGUCGAACGACGUCGUUUCGCUUCGGACAACGAUGAGGUAUCGAAAAGUGGCGUUUCUUCACCACUAGCUGCCUCGUUCAUCAGUGGCUGAAACGAGAUGGACGUACGGACGGAAAGACCAAGAACGGCUGGUCGGAUUGCGCCGACCGGACGCGUCACGCCGACCGUACAUCAAACAGGUGGAGAAAGAAGAAAAGCAAUACCGGUCCCGCCGCCGAGGGUACCAACCCCUAUGCCCACCGCCAACAAUAAUCAGCAAAAAAACAAUGCCAACGCCGAUGCCCCGCCCGCGGCGCCCGUUCAGAAGAAAGAGCCACACGUAAACAUCGCCCGGAUAGCGAAGCGAUAUCUCGACGAUAACAUGCAGCAGGCGUGGAUCAAUCCUCGUCUAAUAUCGAUGAUCAACAUGGAGGCGGUCACGUCGCAGGACUACGACUCGUCGAUACUCAGCAGGAACUUCAAUCAGGUGGGCUUCAAUACGUACAAUUACACGCAGUUCGAGGAGAAGUACAAGCCGCGACAGGCGUUCAAGUACGGCGACGAGUACCAGGAGUACGGUCGCGGUUCGACCAGGCUGGGGCCGAACGAGAGGUUCGCGAGAUUAUCGGCGAGACAUCAGGACGGCGUCGGGAAGCCCGAUCAGAGGUACGCCAGGAGUCACUCGCAGCCGGAGAGACAGCACCAUUUGUCUCACGAGACGCGCUCCAAGUCGCAGGACUCCCGCGAAUUAACGUUCUAUCAGAUCGAUCCGCCCGUCAAGGCGGAGAACGUUCAGCACGUUCACGCCAAGUCGCACCGUUCGAACGCGGAUAAGGGUCAGGGCAAGAAGGAGCUGACCUUUUACGAGAUCGACGGCCCGGAGAAGAAGAACGAGAAGUUCGAGAGCUGCAAGGACAGAGGCGAGAAACGGGACAAGUGUCACGCGGGACAAGAGAAAUCGACGUCGGGCGGGAAGCACGGGAAGCAGAGCCAUCAGGAGCAGAAGACGCCCGCUCCGCCCAACUAUCAGCUGAACAGGUCGCAGUCGGACCUCACCGAGUGUCAGCUGCCCAACUAUUACAGACACCAAAACAACCCUUACAUCGAUCCGCCCAAGUACAGGCAGUUCGACAGGCCGCCCAAGUAUCAGGAGACCCCGCCGAAGUCGGAGCCUCCACCCAAAUACUCCGAAGUGGCCAGGCGACAGGACGAUUGCAAACGCGUUCAGGAGGAGAGGGGCAAACGACAAGGAGCCGUAGGAGGAGGGAGCAUCGGGAUCGGCAGCAGCAGCAGCAGCAGCGGCGGUGGCGGCGGCGUUGGCGGCAGCGGUGGUGGUAACUUCAGCAGGGGGACCGCCGGCACUCAUGGCGCCGAGACGCCCUCUAAUCUGGCCAGUAUCACGCCAACCGCGCGAGAAGCAGCACGUGGUCCUUCGUCGCGUACGCGUAUACCGUACAAGUCGUGCGACACGCGCUGCCCGAACAUAAACAACAACAACGUCGUGAAGGAGGACCAGUACCAGGAGAUAUACGACGAGCCAGAAGUGAUUACCAGGUGCCACGCGGACGUUCCAAAGUCCCAUCAUCACCCGAGUCGGUCGUCGUGCGUCGGUGGUAGCGGUGCAAUUUCCGGUAAUGUCUGCCACGGUGGUUCCGGUGUGUCGUGCGAGGCCGCGACGUGCGACAAGUACAAGGACGCCGUGGACUGUUUGCUGAAAGCCAGCGAGGCGGUCCAAGGUCGUUUGUGCGAGAGAUCGAUGCUGAAGAUCGAGAAACCGACCACGAAGGCGAUCGUUCACAGUGUCGAGACACCGGUGAAGUGCGGGGAUAGAAUGAAAUCGGGCCAGCACGAGCAAACGGUCAAGUCGAAGGGACACGAUGCCGGUCACGGGUUCAAGGUCGAGAGCAUCAAGUACUACGGCGAACUGAAGGGUUACGACUACAAAUCGUACGGUACCAUCGACAAACCGGCGGCCACUGCCCACGAGAAGUCGCAUCUACACGGACCGGAGAAGAACGGUCACGAGAAGUGUCAUUCGAAGACGCCCUCUUCUUCCGCGAUGCAGAGCUACGGUCUGGCCAAGGUCGCUGGUGAACGCCCGCCCGAGAAGAGCCCGUACGCCGAUCACUAUUAUCACCGAUCGUCGCACUCGAAGCCGCAAACCGCGUAUCAAGUGUACCAAGAGACCAAGUACUCGUACAACGUGAGCGGGGUGCCCGGGACGCCGGCACAGGCCAGCGCAGCCGCAGCUUUCUUCGCAAGAGCAGCCCAAAAGUUGAACCUCUCGUCGAGCCCGCACCGUCGGCGUCGCUCCGGCGACGAGAACAUCGGCUCGGACGAGCAGCCGAUCUUUCCGAAUGGAUAUGCAGCUCUGCUCCUCAAGUCGCCGCCGCCCGCACCACCUGCUCUCCUGCGGAGGAUAGGCGUCAAAGAGCUCACCGGAGUCGGCAAGGUGAAAGUUAUGUUGAAGGUGUCUCCGGGAGAAGGUGGGAGCUUCUUCAAUGCCGACAAGAGGAAGAAGCAGGUGACGCUGGUCGACCCGACGUCUGGACAGUCCCCUUCGGCGGAAGAUCGAAGGCCGACGGUGGCGGCGCCGAAAAUGUUUGCCUUCGACGCGAUAUUUACCGAGGAAGACUCCCAGACUGAAAUAUGUUCGAGCGCCCUGACCGACGUUAUUCACGCAGUCAUCAACGGAACGGACGGUUGCCUGUUCUGCUUCGGACACGCGGGCUUGGGCAAAUCGCACACGAUGCUGGGCACGCCGGAAGCAGGGCACACGUUGGGGGCGAUUCCGUGCGCGAUUGCUUGGCUCUUCCGCGGAAUCUCGGAGCAACGACAGAGGACAGGCGCCAGAUUUAGCGUCAGGGUCAGUUGCGUGGAAUUAACCGCCGGUCAACAGCAACUCAGGGAUCUGCUCGCGGCUCACGCCAACGAUUCCGAGCAGUCACCGGCCGUUUACUUGAGGGACGAUCCAUUGUUCGGAAGCUUGCAACUGCAACAGCACAGCGAGCUUCGUGCACCGACUGCGGAGCGUGCCGCGUUCUACUUGGACGCGGCGGUCGCUGGCCGCCAACGAGAGGACGGCGACGCGCACAUGCUCUACACCCUCCACGUUUAUCAGUACAGUGUCGCGGGCAAAGGAGGAGUUGCUGGCGGCAGAAGCAGACUCCACUUAAUGGACCUCGGCAAUUCGGAUCGCGGCAAGUCGUCGGGCGGCAUCCCCCUGUCCGGGCUAGGUAAUAUCUUGCUAGCGAUCUUCAACGGGCAGAAGCAUCUGCCGUACAAGGAGCACAAGCUAACCCAAUUACUGAAGGAGUGUCUCGGCUCGUUGACGUGUCACGCGGCGAUGAUCGCCCACGUGUCCCCGAACGCUCAGCACUACACGGAGACGUUAACCACCGUGCAACUGGCGUCCAGGAUCCACCGGAUGAGGCGGAGGAAGAUCAAGUUCGUCGGGGGCGGAACCCAGGGGACGGGGAGCGGGGGGAGUUCGGGGGAGGAAGCGGCUAGGCAAACCAGCGAGUGCGAUCCGAGUUCCAGCGAUCUGUCCGCGGACACUGUGAUCUACGUGGGGCCUAGUACCGACGACGCGACCGACGGCGAGCAUCCUCCGGUUUACAUACCGAGUUUGAACUCGGGGGACAAUCGCUGCGCCAUGGGGAAAGCUUUGCGCGGAUCGGCGGCCGAGAGACCCUGUAAGAUCCCGGAGGAGCGCAGCCCGGUGCACAAAUCGACGAAGGCGGUGAAGGCGUUGACGCAAACCGCCUCGAAGCAAACGUCCCCGGCACACACCGCUACGCCCAAGGCUAGCCCUGCCAGGAAGUGCACCGCGACCAAGGUAUCGUCUUCGAAGGCGAACGACUCGCCCGGAAGCAAGAUGAUACCUGUCGCGGCGCCCAGCGGGGGUUCCGACGAGCAGUGGAUAGACGGCCCUAGGAUCUCCAAGUCGAAGGUCGCGGAAGCUAGACACAUGCUGAAGGAUCCUCAUCACAAAAGAGAGACCUGGAUAGACGGGCCCAUGCAAGUCACUAGUCCACCCACGUUGCAGAUGCACGCCCAGCAACAACACUCUUCGGGCUAUGGGUUCAUGGACAGUCACAAGAAGAGCAUGAUCAGGAAGUGGGUCGAGAACCAAUCGUCACAGAUUCAGAGGAGCAAACACGUCACUGCCAGGAUCGAGUCGUCCAAGCUGUCCGGUCAGUCGUCGCAGUUUAAGGAGCUGACGACCUUCAAGACCUGUGGCGGCAUGGACGACGACGACACGUCGCUGUCCACGGCGGAGAGCGACAGUCUGAAGGCUAACGAGAUCGAGGACAUCACCGAGAAGCUGGGCGUCAAGCUGAAUCUGUUGAACGUCAAAUCCAACACCGACUCUGGCUUGGAUUUGACGGCCAGUCCGAUCAUGGACGAUAGCAUGGACAAAGGGAAGUUGGACCUACAGGAGGACGAAGACGACGACGAGGAAAUCGUCGUGCCGCCUCCGUUGCCUCUCAUAGAGCCUCUGAGCAACGGAGUUAGCAGAGAAGUUUCGAUGGAGAGUCUGAACCUCUCGCACAAGGACAUCGUGCUACCGUCCAGACACUCUUUGUCUUCCGAGGACGAGAUCCUAGAGAUCGUCGAGGUCGAGGACUUGGAGCCUGUCCCGAUGCAGGACUCGUGCCUCCAAGUCACGGAGGAAGACAUCGCGUUGUGCAUGGGAGAGAAUCCCUUGCCUGAGAGCGACCAGGAGGAGCAUCCCUUGAGAAUCCUCAGCCAAGAGAAUCUCACCGUAGUCUCGACUUUCACCGACUCGAUGUCGGUGAUGUCGGACACGGACCGCUACAGGCCUCAGUAUCCGCCUCCGGGUUGCAUGGGAGUGCUGCCGAGGCCAUACUUCGACCACGAGGACUUCCUGGAGCAGGAAACCAGGCACAAGUUCGACCAGUUGGCCCGGCUCCACGAGCUCUAUCAGAGCAAGCUCGCCCUCGCCAAUGUCUCCAACUCUGUGACCUACCAGAGGGAGAACUCCAACGUCAAUGUCAGAGACGUUCCAUCCGCCGCCGUCUUCCGUCCGCCGUCGCGCUGUCAGUCCUUGUCCCUUUCGGACGUGAUGUUCAACGACAAUGCGAGCAAUCACGGCAGCAUCUACAGCGAGCCCGCGUACAUCGCAGGGAAAUCCGACCAGGAGAAGAUCUGCGACAACUGUCGCCAAAGCAUGACGAGACCGGCCACCGCCUCGUAUUGGUACCCUAACAGCAUGGCGCACAUAGCCAGCCCCAGGAGAUACUGUGGCAAGCUAGGCGACUGCAAUAUCUCUAGUUUGAGGCAUCCCGAUGGCGCCUCGAACCCUAAUCUCAAAGAGGAAGUGGAGAGGCUACCGGGGAACGGAGCCUCGGGUUCGGACCCUGAAGAAGAGUACGUGGAGGCGAAGAAACUGUUCACCGCGGCCGAGAGGCCCGAGAGGACCGUCACUGGGAAAUCCGACAUCGAAGACGAUAUCAAGAUUCAAGCCACAGCACCGCUGCAGCUGUCUAUUCCAUCGCCAGCACCGUCCUCGGGUCGAAUGCAACGCAAAAUGACCAGUUUGGGUUCUUCGUUGGGUCUGAACAAGGAAGGCUACGAUUCUGGCGCGGAUUCCACGCCACGGGCAGCGAAACUCUCGCCAGCCACGUUAUCCAGGCAUCGCGCCGAAAGUUCUGGCUACGACAGCAUCGUCAGAGAUAGCGAGACCAGCAGUAUCGCCAGCGAUUCCUCGAGACAGACCAGCGCGCUACAGGAACAUCAAGGUAACGGAACGGUGGAACAGCGGGUGGCAGGGUGCGGGGUCCGGUCACGGGCCCAGUACCGGGCCCGUCUGCCACAGGCGCCGUCCGCGGUGCCGGGGAUACUCGUGUACACAAGCGAGGACGUGGACAUCCUGGACAGGCGCGCGCAGUUGCGCUCGGAUCCACGUGGCACGAUGUCCAGGAUACUCAACCUGCGACUACGCCAGCGCCUUCUUAGGCUCGAGCUGCGUAACGCCAAGAAGCGCCUGAUGGUGCCCGACACCCGCUGGAGCUACGAUCUUCACGUGGAAGAGUGCAUGGACUGGCGAGAUCCAUCGUUCUUGGAGGCCCUCGAGGUGGAGACGUACAUCCUGCAGAAGCGAGUGGAAGCCUGCAAGAGCCACGUCCUGCUGGUUACCUGUUUCGACUCCUGUCCCCGGCAGCAGUGCACACGACGGGUCGAUCCGUUGUCUGGAAUUCGGAUCACCUAA